AUGAACGCCAUUUCAAUUGGCGGGAUGUUCCGGACCGGACUGACACUCGUUAUCGUCAUUUUGUUGCCACUGCUCUAUAUUAUAAAAGUCAAGCUCGAAGACUCCGUUGAAAGUCAAACAGCCUUCAUCAGCGAAGCGGGAGAUCUCGUCCCAAGACAUCGGCAAAAUCACGGGCAACCUCAUCAAGAUCCACUCGCCAAAGAUAAUCAUUGCCACCCGAUGGCGGAGAAGAUCAUCUUCUUGAAAACACACAAGACGGCUAGCUCGACAGUUCAAAACGUCUUACUUCGCUGGGGCCAAAAAAAUAAGAAAACGUUCGCUCUGCCCAAAUCGGGAAAGUCCAUCUUCAGCUACUGGAAGUCAUUCAAAGUGUCUGAUGUUCACGGAUAUUGCGAGAGUUGCCCUAAACCAGAUAUCAUUGCGCAUCAUCUUCGAUACAGCCCAGACGUUGAGAAGCUCUUUGCGAUGGAUGAGCCAGUCUAUCACUUGUCCAUCAUUCGGAAUCCGACGUCUAUGUUUGAAUCCGUUUUCAACUACAUGAAAGGGGUCGCACCGCAGUUCAAAACAGCCGGCACUCUUGAAAAAUUCCUCGACGAUCCGCACAAAUACAUAAAGCAUUCGAAGCAAAUGACCUCCUUUUUCUCAAGAAAUCAUUUGACCUACGAGUUCGGCUUCGAUCCGAUGGAAGAGGAGCCGAAGAAAAUCGCUGAAAACUUGAAAUUAAUCAGUCAGAAAUGGAACCUAAUUAUGAUCACAGAACACAUGGCUGAAAGCCUCGCUGUUCUGAAGCAUGAUUUGUGUUUGUCAAUCGAAGAUAUCGCCUGCUUCAUCACCAAUGCUCGACCGAAAAAAACGGAGUUGUCAAAAAAGACGCAAGAAAAGCUUCUUGAAUGGAAUCAAGCUGAUGCUAGAUUAUACGACCACUUCAAUAGAACCCUUUGGAGGCGAAUUUCGCACAUCGGGGAGGAAAAAAUUGCGCACGACGUCGAAAAAAUGCACACACUUAUUGACCAACUAACAGAAAAAUGCGUCGACGGAUAUUUACCUAACAGCCAGCUUCAUCCAGAUUUUCGGACUUAUCAGCCGCCUGGAUUAAUUGUCAAAGGAAUUCAGCUCACGGAGGAGGGAUUCAAAGAUCCUUUAUGCUAUCAAAUGGCGAUGUCCGAGCUUCCCUGGACUCGAGAACUAAUGAAAGCGCAAGGAAUUCCAACCAAUAAGCUCGACAAGUACUAA